GGGUUGAAGGAGUAUGGUUGGAUGACAGUGAGAGGGUAAAGGCAGGGGUUAAGCAGUUGGUACAUCUAGUAACUUUAGACCCUUGGAUGAUGUACCAGUCAUAGAGGAUAACCCAGAAGACAAGAACACAGGGAAGAGAUAUGAAUGAGAAGGAACGCGUCAAUUGAGAAAUAACGGAGAAGCUCACAUACCGAGACGACACGAAGACAGAGGGGGAAAAUACUAUUGUUCAAAGAGCCAUCCAUCUAUCUAUCCGUCAAACCAGUGAGGAAGAGGAGGAGAGAUGAAGAGACCUUAUGAUGACUAUAGCUCUCCAGACUCUGAUGACAUGGACAAGCUGAUCGAUGUGGGACAGGAAGACGGCUUCUGUCCAGUCACUGGGUCCAUGUCUCCAGUUAGCACCUCCCAGAUUCUGGCCCGGAAGAAGAGAAGAGGGAUCAUAGAGAAGAGACGCAGAGACAGGAUCAACCACAGUCUGUCAGAGCUUAGAAGACUGGUGCCAAGUGCUUUUGAGAAGCAGGGCUCGUCUAAGCUGGAGAAAGCAGAGAUUCUGCAGAUGACGGUGGACCACCUUAAGCUGCUGCAUGCCAUGGGGGGCAAAGGGUACCUUGAUGCGCAGGUCCUGGCUGUGGACUAUAGGACCCUGGGAUUCAGACAGUGUGUAGGAGAGGUGGUGCGGUACCUGGGCUCUUUAGAAGGAGGGGUGGACUCCCCGGACCCUAUCGGAGCCCGCCUGGUCUCCCACCUCUCCCACUGCGCCAGCCAGCUGGACCCCCUUCUCCUUCAGUCGCCCCCCACCUCCUCCGUCCUCCCUUUUCCUCCCUGGCCGUGGAUCUCCUCCUAUCACCAGAUGUCACCUGUCUCGUCUCCCCACUCUCCAUCUUUCUCCGCGGGGCGGAGGGAGCUGGCACGCCUGGGGAGUGGGGGUUAUCCAUCCCGCUCAGCCGACACCCUGCGUCUCGCCCCCUUGGGGGGCCAACAGGGGUCUCUACUCGGCCCUGCCCAUGUGCCCUCUCUCCCCUCUCCUUCCUCCCCUACCCUCACCCCCUCCCCCACUCACAGACUCACUCAGCAGUCCCCCGGAGCCUCACCCCUCCUCACCACCCCCUCCUCUUCUUCUUCUUCCUCCUCCUCCUCCUCUUCCUCUGCUCCUCCGCGAGUCUCCUUCAGACCUUUUGCCCCUAUGGGGUCUCCCGCGGGUCAGCGCAGGGGUAUGGGUGGCUCUGCCAAGGCUCCAAAGACCUGGGGGACUGAGAUAGGAGCCUUCUGAUCCAGAACCUGUCAACAUGGCGUACAAUGUAGAGGUUGCCCAACUAAACCUACCUUUUAACCAUCAGAUCUAGGAUCAGAUUACCUUACCCCUAAAUAUACCCUUAACCACAGAUCUAGGAUCAGAUUACCUUACCCCUAAAUAUACCCUUAACCACAGAUCUAGGAUCAGAUUACCUUACCCUUGAAUAUACCCUUAACCACAGAUCUAGAAUCAGAUUACCUUACCCCUAAAUAUACCCUUAACCACAGAUCUAGGAUCAGAUGACCUUACCCCUAAACCACACUUAACCACAGAUCUAGGAUCAGAUGACCUUACCCCUAAAUAUACCCUUAACCACAGAUCUAGGAUCAGAUGACCUUACCC